AUUUGUCUCUGUCUUUACCACACGUUUCGUCUUCCUCCUUAUCUUAUUUGCCUUUCUCUGAAACUUCCUCUCUGAUAUUUUUAAACAAAAAUAAACAAACUGAUGGUCUGAACCAAAAUGCAACUUCCCAUGCCGAUCUGUUCCCUUCGAAUUAUGAUAAUUUGAUUUCAGGUGAUUUUUACUCUUUGCCGGCCGGGGUUUGUUCCGAGUUUGAUUCUAACUCAACUGUGAAUGUAAAUGCUGUUCUUAUACCUAUUGCUAUUACCAAUGUGAAUUCCAAUGCCGAUAUUUGUGGUGUUACAAAUGCGAAUGCUAGCACGAAAAUGAAUGUUGUUGCUCCUAUGAAUUUGGCUUCCACCGAUAUGAACGUUUAUGAUACUAUAAAUUCUAAUAUCACAACCAACGCAAUAUUUUGGAUGUCGAGCAGCCCCGAUAAUUUCUCUGUUUGA